CAAAUCUUCUCCACCAUCUCAAAACUCAUUUGGUAUAACUUAACUCAGUUGUAUACUCAUUCAUCUUCAGCUUUACAUUUUUAUCUGUCUACCCUCAUAACUUUCAUUUCUUAUGUAUAACCUUCGAAUCAGAAAUUUUCUAAAUAUUCUUAACAUUUUGUCCUGAUACGCUAUCUUAAUCCCAUUUUACCUGUAUUUAAUCUAACUUGUAUAUUUUUUCCUUCUACGAUAUUUUAGGUCUGUUUUAGUGUAUGUUCUUCAGCCCGCUUAUAUUAUACAAAUUAUUAAAAACACUAAACGUCAACAUAACUGUUAUUGUAAAAUAAACUUCCUAUUAAUUACUUAUUUAUUCUAUGACGUCCAUUUCGAUAGUGGAAUCAUGUCAUAACUUGCGACUCUUGAUCAGCUAGCUACCUAAUGAUACGUAUAUACAGACAAAUAGAUGGUGUAGCGAUGGGUUCACCCCUGGGUCCUAUAUUAGCAGGCAUCUUCCUUUCUAAACUAGAAAACGGCCCGCUAGCACAAGAGAUCGAUAAGUUUUCGUUUUACUGUCGAUAUAUGGAUGAUACAUUUAUCCUUUGCAACAACCAGACAGACUUCCUAAAAACAUUCGAUCGAUUCAAUACCGUUCACCCGUCCAUAAAAUUCACAUGGGAGAAGGAAAAUGAGGGUAGAAUAGCCUUUAUAGAUGUUCUACUUACAAGGAAAAAGGACGGGUCGCUAGAAAGAAACAUAAACAGGGAAAUUACCUGGACGGGUAAAUAUACUAACUUUCUUAGUUUUGUUCCUCUACAACAAAAAAGGAACCUUAUUAAGACACUACAUCAUAGAAUCAAGACUAUAUGCACUGUGGAUGCGAUUGAAGAUGAAACAAAGGCAUUAUUCAAAACCCUGAAGGAAAAUGGAUAUCCUGAGAAAUUUAUAAAUAAAAACAUAGCCAAUAAAAGACAGCGUAGAGAAUGUCUAACGGUAAAUAAAAAGCCUCUAUAUAUACGCUUACAAUUCAGAGGCGACGCACCGAGCGAAAUGCUAAGACUCAAGUUAAGCAGAUCAAUUCAAAGGACUUUUAAUGCGGCUAAACUACAACUAGUAUUCGCCACACGACCAAUAAUCACUCCAAGGUUGAAAGAUAAAUUACCUAGACUAGCCACUCCUUCUGUAUUUAUCAAUUCAACUGCUCCUGUGGAGCAAGUUAUAUUGGCAGAUGUUCUUGGAAUUUGUACAUUCGGGCUCGUGAGCAUCUACCCGUGUGGUUAAGCAAAGGUGUUGUCAAAACUGUUAGCAGCUCCAUUAUAGACCAUCUAGUCCAAACAGGACAUACAGCCAACAUGGAGCAAUCUUUUACAAUAAUCUAUUGUGUUAAGAGCAGUCUACCUAAUUCCGUCAGACGGCUGAAGCAAUUGCUAUUCGGAUCAAAAAGCCAGAGCUUUGUAUCCAAAAAAGUAUGUUCAGCCACUCCUUUUACCCUGGCCAAGUCUGGGGCCAACUAGCUAAUAAUCAGUCUUA